AUGGAUGGGGACCAACGCAUGAAGCAGCAUGAGCGGUUGAUGGCGCGAUCUGGCAAUAGUACGGCCGGUGGCCGUGCAACCGAUCAUCUUGAGUCGGCCAUGCAUCCACGUGGAGACCCAACGGGGACGUCGCAGGUGCCAGACCGAGCUCAGAUGUCUGACGACUACGGAUACACAGGUAGCUCCUUCCACAGCGGUUCGCUACAUCCCAAUGAAGUGGGAUAUCCGACGGAGUUUACACGUCCUCGACAGACAUCAUCUGGACAAGGUGGUGUUGGUGGUGGUGGUUAUCAUCAGCAAUAUCAAACUACACCACAGCAACAUCAACAGCCGCAACAGCAACAACAUCAUGCACAACAAAACAUCUCUCAAUCAAGACGACGAAUGGCGCAGGAUCAACCACCAUCAUUCUCCCCGUACGAGCCGGCAAUGCUGUACAGCUUCGGUGGGCAGGGUCCACCGGGACCCUUUGACGUUGUUCAAGUUCCACAGUACUCGACACGGCAUCCUGCAGCGCUUGAAGCCCUGUCGAACCAGUCUUUCGUUCCACAAUAUUUCACCCCGGAGGAGCAGCCCACGGUGACAGGGGUCCCAGCGCUCACAACUUAUGUGAACCCGCAAAUGCCAUAUAAUCAACCCGGCCCCAUGGCACGCCCGAACACCACGCAACCCUUUCUCCCUACCAUGACCGAUUUCACCCCGAUCGGCACCGCAUCCUCGAGUCGAUUGGAUCCGCAGCCGUCCCAGCACCUUUCUGAUCCCCUCCGGCUUCCUGCGUCGGACCCUUCUUCCCUCGAGGAAGCUUACGAUUACUAUCAGCGAGCGUUGCGCAACACUUUUGACCAAACGCGAGCAGGUCGAUUGGUUGAAGCGAGCCGAUUACUGCUUGAAAUUUCCGAGUGGCUUGUGACUCAUGCACGGGAUCUUGGAAUCCUACGUGACGACCAUCUUUCUUAUCCUGAACGAUUGGAGCUUUGGAAAGAAUUUAAUAUCUGUUGGCUGGCCGUGUGUCAGAAACAGAAAGAUCUAACACAGGAUUAUAUUACAACGGGCCACACAUCUGCACAGACCAGUCUACUUUCUCGAGAUCGCAUGGAGGUAAUGGGGAAAGACCUCAUUAAGCUCUGUGAUCAGUUAGAACAGCACGGCUUGGUGGAUUACCAGAUGGGGAUCUGGGAAGAAGAAAUCCUUUGUGUGCUGGGUCAAUGCCUCGAUCUAAUGGAAAGCAAACCUGAACUCCACCAUAUGCAAGCGGUUUCUGAGCCGGCGACCGCAGCCCCACGACCUUGA